CAACGGGGGACGGGGGACGGGAUGCCGCCCCCCAGUGCGCGCGCUCCCCCCAGCCUACCUACCGUUGCACACCUGCCGCAGCGUCGGAGCUCUCUGACCGCGCACCACCAAACCUAACCCCGGCCGCUUCUUCUAGGUUCAUCCUUGGCCACCAAGCCGCCGGCAGAGGCACCAGAGCGCUAUAAAACGCGCCGAGUCCGUCGCAACUAACAAGCCGCACACGCCAAGAAGCAUUCCCCCGAGCCAGCGAUCUUCUCGCCGCAUUCCACACUGUUGUCCGUGCACGUGCGCCGGCCCGAGCUAGGCUCUCAUUGUUUAAGUGUGACCAUCAGCACAGUCGUCGUCGUCGUCGAGAUGGUUGGGAGCAGCCCGAUGCAGGCGGUGCUGGUGGCGCCGGGGGUGAAGGACAAGAAGGUGCUGGCGUUCAGGCGGGACGCGCUCAAGGAGAAGGACGCCGUAUCCGCGCUCAUGCGCACCAUCGCGGCCGGCGGCGUGCGGAGCGCCUUCUACGUCUUCGACCUCGCCCGGGUCGUCGACCUGUACCGCGGAUGGCGCCGCGCGCUCCCCGGCGUGCGGUCCUGCUACGCCGUCAAGUGCAACCCGGAGCCGGCGCUGCUCGGCGCGCUGGCCGCGCUCGGGGCGGGCUUCGACUGCGCCAGCCGCAGGGAGAUGGAGGCCGUGCUCGCGCUCGGCGUGCAGCCCGGCAGCAUUGUGUACGCCAACCCGUGCAAGCCCGAGGCGCACCUCGAGUACGCCGCUGAGGUGGGCGUCAACCUCGCCACCUACGACUCCGAGGAGGAGGUGGUCAAGGUGAAGCGCUGCCACCCGGGCUGCGAGCUCAUCCUCCGCAUCAAGGGCCCCGACGGCGGCGAGGCCAGGGUGGACCUCGGCACCAAGUACGGCGCGCACGAGGACGAGGUCCUGCCGCUCCUCCGCGCCGCCCAGCGCGAGGGGCUCAACGUCGCCGGCGUCUCGUUCCACGUCGGGAGCGGCGCGUCCAACACGGACGUGUACCGGGGCGCCAUUGAGGCCGCGCGCGGGGUCUUCGACACGGCCGCCGCGCUCGGCAUGCCGCCCAUGCGCGUGCUCGACAUCGGCGGCGGGUUCAUGGCCGGCCCGGCGUUCGACGAGGCGGCCGCGGUCAUCAACGCGGCGCUCGAGCGCUACUUCGGGGAGCUUCCAUGCGUGGAGGUGAUCGGCGAGCCGGGGAGGUACUUCGCGGAGACCGCCUUCACGAUGGCGGCGCGGGUCAUCGGGAAGCGCACUCGCGGCGAGGUGCGCGAGUACUGGAUCGACGACGGCCUCUACGGCACCCUCAGCUGCAUCCCCAUGGACCACUACGUGCCGCGCCCAAGGCCGCUCGCCGCGCCGCGCGCCGGCGAGAAGACGUACACGUCGACGGUGUUCGGGCCGACGUGCGACUCCCUCGACACGGUGGUGACCGGGUACCAGCUGCCGGAGAUGAGCGUGGGGGACUGGCUCGUGUUCGACGACAUGGGCGCCUACACCACCGCCUCCGGCUCCAACUUCAAUGGCUUCUCCACCUCGGACAUCAAGACCUACUUGGCCUACUCCAGCUGACAUGGAACAUAUGAUGUGGACACGUACCACGUAGCACACGCCAUUCGAUUUGUUUUCGCAGUAUACAAAAUUGUUAGAGUAAAACGAGAUUGAAUGAAAGUAAUGGACGAUCAGUCCUGAUUUUUAUUGAUUCUCAAGUGUAUAUA